AUGGGCGACCCUCCAGCGACACCGACAUCAGCCACCGUCGAUGCCAGCCCCUCGAUAGCAUCCUCAUCCAGUUCCAAUAUCAGAAAGGAGAGAGGCGCCAUCGCCGCACAGGCAUGCGAUACCUGCCGCAGUCGAAAGCAACGAUGCGAUGAACAGCGUCCCAAAUGUGGCACCUGUCAAAAGUUCAGGCUCGAAUGCAACUAUCGAGAGCCCGUUCCCACCAAGAAAGACAAGACUCUAGUGGAGAUUCUCGAACGGUUGAAGGGCCUCGAUGAUCGGUUGCUGAACUUGGAAACGAAAGUGGACGAUUUAGGCCAUCGGGGAAGCGCCGGCCCUUCCGCCCUUGGCUUCCCCCAUCUUCAGGCACCCGACUAUGCCAGUCAGGCUGGAGCUGCGAUGAUUGACCCAGCGCUGACAGCAGCACCAUUUAACUUGCAGCACGAUUUGUCUCGAAACGCACCGGUGGGUCAGGACCAGUACAAAUAUGUUUCCUCUGUUCACCAGAUGCUAGGCUGGCCAGCGGUACAGCAACUGUUUGCUUCGAUCCAGGCGCGGUUGCCACACGUCAACUUCUCCUCGUUGGAGCGCGAUGGAGUCUCGCACAUGCUAGGAGUCCAUCGCCCAGAGUCACAAGGGCUGCCUUCCGAAGGCACCAUGCGCACUGAGCGUUCGCCUGGGCUUCUUACGACCUUGACCUGGGAAAACGUUCGGAUGUGGAGCCAGGCUUACUUCGACACUAUGAACCUCUUCUACCCUAUUCUAGAUCGCCAGUCCUUCAUGCAGGAGACUUUGCCAUCCCUUUACAGGAGCGGCUUCAGCAACUCGAUAUCCUCGACCAUCGCCCUGCUGGUAUUCGCUCUCGGGGAGGUAUCGCUAGAAGGAAGAGAAGGGGCACCUGUGCACGUUUACAACGGACGAGCGAGUGGGGUGAAAGGAGGCUCGAAAGCGCACCCCCCUGGACUUUCUUUGUUCAACGAGGCGAGAAGCAGAAUGGGGUUUGAUCUCACGGAGUGCAGUCUGGAAAACGUUCAGAUAUUCGCCCUCGCAAGUGCAUAUUAUGGGAGCUGCUUCUAUCCGAUGGACUUUUGGAGAAUGACUGCCUCCACCUCUUUGGCACUUCAGGCUCUCAUAACCAGCAACCCCGGAGAGCUAUCCUCACCGAGGGUGGACAUGAUCAGGAGAGCAUUUUGGCAUUGCUCUAUCUUGGAGACUUCUCUCAAUCUCGAGCUGGGGUUCCCGCUCACAGGUCUUGAGAGGAUGGAGAACAAUGUAGGACUUCCGACUUUUAGCGGUCCUUUCUGUGAAGACGAUGUCAUUAGCAACCAACAGUCUCAUUUCCAAGAGCAUUUCGCCUCUCAGAUUGUCCUGAGGCGGCUACUGGUGGGAUUUCACCACGCCCUCAGCAACACAGCACCAAUGUCCGCCCAGUUAGGCGGUGUUCCCACCCCCUUUACUUCGGCAAACAACAGCCCUAGCCUUAGCCAGAUUACGAUCCAGCAGCUGGGCCUUCAACUGGAACAAUGGCGCGGCAUGCUCCCUCCUCACCUUCGCUGGCAAGAGGAUUGCCCAGGAGCCUUCCCCAGCACUACUACCGACAUGUUCGGCGGCAGCACCCACACCCCAGCCAGCACGCCCAUCUCCCCGUCCAUGUCUCACACCAGUCAACCAUCAUCACUACCAGCGGUAUCGACACCAGCACCACCACUGAUGUUCUCCACCGAUCUCGACUCCCCUCCGGCUCAAUACCCCUACGUCCUCGACAUCCAAGUCGCGCUUCUCCGCUCUCGUUAUUACUACGCCAAAUACCUCCUCCACCGUCCCUUCCUCUACAAAGCUCUCCACUACCCCGACAGCGUGACCCAAGACGACGCCCUGGGCGCAGCCGAGUGCCUCAAGGCCUCGCUGAAAUGGCCAGUGGCAAUGUCCCCCACAUGCAAGCACAAGCGGCUCGUGCCCUGUAUGUUCUUCUUCACCCAGAACUUCUUUGGUAUCUUGCUGUUAUUACAUCUGAGCACGACGGUGCCGCUGUUGAGGAGGAUAAGAAGCACGCUUUGCGGCGAGAGGUUUGAGAUGGACGCCAGGGAGACGGUGGGUUUGUAUCUCGACUGGUUGAGGGACUUGAAGCCUAUCGACGGGGGGACGGCGUGGCACUGGGAGGUGGUGAGGGCCAUUUAUGGUCUGGAGGGGGGUUAG